UUUUACUUUCGUUUUAGUUGAGAUAAAUAGGCUUUGUCGACGCAACGUGUUCAUUCCGCUAGCCUGUCUUGAUCUCCACGUCUAACUUUUGACUGCAGAGAGUGAACACGAUACUCCACAGACAAUGAAGAUACACACACAUGUCCUGCUGCUGUUGACAGCUCACCUGGUCUUUCUCUCGACACUGGCAGAUGCUAAGAAGAGGUCCAACAGCAUCAGGAGUGGGAGCAUGGGUCCACCCAUCAGACUCGACACCGACAACCCUCUUCUGCCGGGCAUGACCCACGGGGAGACGCUCACCAAGUUUAUAGACAGGAAAAUACGCCCGACCACAAAGUUUAACAAGCGAUGUGCCAAGAUAAUCGACGAACUUGUCCGCACGCUAGAGGCAAGGUCAAGCCCCUUCAACAUCAAGGGAAUUGUAAAGGGUGGGUCGCUGGGCAAGGGCACAUCCGUGACGGACAGGUCGGACAUCGACCUCGUUAUCUUCUUCAACGACUACAAUACCGUCAAGGGUCUAAUGAAGUACAAGGAUAAACUGCUGAAGGAGCUCAAGACCUUUGUGGAAGACGAGUGGCCGGAGCACUUCAUAUACAAACAAACAACACCCUUCUCUGUCCAGUUCUACUUAAAGAUCGACGAGGAGGAUGCCGAGCACGAAGUGGACCUGCUACCGGCGCUAGACAUCACCAAGAAAGGGCGUAAGCUGUCGGAGAUUUAUCAGGAGAUGCUGGAUCAGGUGCCCAAGGUCCGGGACCACUACUCCAGCUGUCUAAGUCCCCUACAACUCAAGUUCGUCACCCACACAGACGGGAUGGCAACUCCGGGAAAGGUCAAGGACGUCAUGCGACUUCUCAAAUACUGGGCCAAGGUUGAGGACGUUCCACUGAGGUCCUACUUCCUGGAGCUGCUGCUUGUCCAACAGUGGAGGGAGGAUGGCAAGCUGGAGGACAUCGACACGGAGGCCUAUCUGUACCGGACCCUCAAACAACUCACACAGCAGAGAAAGAUGGCGAUCGCCUUCAGCGACAACUACAACUACAUGGACUACGUCCCAAAUAUUAAGACGCCGUUUCUACUUGAUCCUGCCAACCCCUUCAAGAACGUGGCACCGUUGUCGAAGCACGAAGUCGACAUCGUUGUGCGCAAGUCUGAGAUCCUGUUGGAGAGAGGCUGGCCUGGGUCGCCCCAUCUGUCAGAUGAACUGUGAC